GAUUGUAUACACCUGUGUCCAUGAAGGGGAUUGGAACACCUGAAUCACAUGAUUGGGAGGGGAUUGGAACACCUGAAUCACAUGAUAUGGAGGGGAUUGGAGCACCUGAAUCACAUGAUAUGGAGGGGAUGGGAGCACCUGAAUCACAUGAUUGGGAGGGGAUUGGAAUGCCUGAAUCACAUGAUAUGGAGGGGAUUGGAGCACCUGAAUCACAUGAUUGGGAGGGGAUUGGAACACCUGAAUCACAUGAUACGGAGAGGAUUGGAGCACCUGAAUCACAUGAUUUGGAGGGGAUUGGAGCACCUGAAUCACAUGUUUUUUAAGUGAUGGCAGAACUCCGGUGUGAAUGUUAUGAAUG